AAAAGCGAUGAUCCGUUUACUUUUUGGUCGGGUUUUUGGUUUGGUUUGCGUUCCUGUAAGCCGUAAUCGUCCUCUAAGGCAGGUUUUUUCUUAGCAAAACUAGAGCAACAAGGCAAUAAUAACAACACUGAACGGAAGAGAGUAGCGGAAUUCGAGAGCAAUACACAGAAGAAACAGAGCAAGAACACGAAGAACAAGAAUCGAUAUUAAGAUCUGUGAGUUUCUGCGAUGGGGUGAGACAGAUGCAAAAGCAGCUGAAGCUGAUAUCUAGUCACAGCUGCUGAUCCAACACCCAUAUGCCAAGUUUUGUUUCUUUUCCUGUUUGAUGUCCCAUCUGGUAACUUCUAGCUUCUCUUCUUAUUCGCCAUAGGGUUUCUUUUUCUUCUUCUGGAAUCGGAUUUUACUUUCGAAUUAUGUACGUUUUUUGGUCGUCAUGUUCUUGAUCUGGGUGUUUCGUGGUCCGAUGUUUGAUUUUACCGAUGACCCUGUUUGAAAAUUGUUUCUGUCAGCCCACGAACUGCCAUUUUCUUCCUCUUUUGUAGCUUCUGGACCUGAGUUUUGUUCAUCAGUUGAUUAUGUAGAAGAGGCCAAAGAAUCGAACACUUGGACUUAUUUGGCUGAAGUUAUGACGACUAGUUCACGUACAAAUUCUAGGCGUAUGUAUUCUUGGUGGUGGGAUAGUCAUAUUAGCCCCAAAAAUUCUAGAUGGCUUCAAGAAAAUCUUACAGAUAUGGAUGUCAAAGUGAAACAGAUGAUCAAGCUUCUUGAAGAGGAUGCAGAUUCCUUUGCAAGGAGGGCUGAGAUGUACUACAAGAAGCGCCCGGAGCUUAUGAAGUUGGUUGAAGAAUUCUACCGUGCAUACCGUGCGUUGGCAGAAAGAUACGAUAAUGCAACCGGGGUGCUUCGCCAGGCUCAUCGGACGAUGGCUGAAGUGUUUCCUAAUCAGGUUCCGUUCGAUGAUUCGCCUGCUGGUUUGGGGAAUGAGGGUGAUCCACGGACACCUGAGAUGCCACCAGCUAUACGUGCUCUUUUUGACUCAGAUGAGUUGCAAAAGGAUGGCUUGGGGCUUUCACCCCAAUCCAAUGCUGGCAGAAGAAAUGGAGCGUUUACGGAAGAAUCGAACAUCGUUACAGGUCGAAGGGGUUUGAAGCAGUUCAAUGAUAUUUUUGGUUCUGGGGAAGGAAGGGCAAAGAAAGGGCUCAAUUUUCAAGAUUUCGAGGAGAAUGAGCGAAAUGGGGGGAACGAUAUCAAGGUUUCGGCUACUGAGGCCGAGAUUUCAGCGUUAAAGGAGGCUCUGGCUAAACUAGAAGCUGAGAAGGAAGCUGGUCUACUUCAAUAUCAACAGAGUCUUGAUAAGCUGUCUAAUAUUCAGUUAGAAGUCUCUCGUGCACAAGAGGACUCUACAAGACUUAAUGAUCGAGCCUCUAAAGCUGAAACUGAGGCUCAGAAUUUGAGGGAAGCCCUCAGCAAACUAGAGAGUGAGCAGGAAGCUAGUCUGCUUAAAUAUCAGCAGUGCCUGGACAAAGUAUCCCUUCUGGAGAGCGAUAUCGUUAACGUUCAAAGGGGUGCUGAAGAACUUACUGAGAGAGCAAGUAAAGCCGAGAAUGAAGCUGAAGGUUUGAGGCAAGGCCUUGCUGAAGUAGGAGCUGAAAAGGAAGCUGCACUUGCUCGAUAUCGAGAGAGUUUAGAAAGGAUAGUGAAACUAGAGGAGAAGCUUCUUCAUGCAGAGGAGAGUUCCAGACGAUACAACGAACAAGCCGAAAAAGCUGAAAGUGAACUGAUAAUCCUUAAGCAAGCAGUCGAAAAAUUAACGGAAGAAAUCGAAGCUGCUGCUGUUCAGUACCUGCAGUGCUUGGAGAAGAUUUCUAGUCUUGAAUAUAGACUCUCUUGUGCUGAAGAAGAGGCUGAAAGGCUGCAUGGUCAAAUCAAUGAAGGAGUUAUAAAGUUAAGAAGUGCUGAAGAAAAGUGUCAUUUAUUGGAGACAUCAAACUUAGCUCUGCAAUCUGAGUUAGAGUCUUUGGUACUGAAAAUGGGGUCUCAAAAAGAAGAACUCACCGAGAAUCAAAAAGAACUGGGAAGACUAUGGAAUUGCAUGCAGGACGAGCACUUGCGGUUCGUUGAAGCCGAGACUGCUUUCCAAACAUUACAGGAUAUGCAUUCUCGGACAGAAGAAGAAUUGCGUUCGCUUGCUGCCGAGCAUCAGAGCAAGACACAAAUUUUAAAGAAUCUGGAAAUCCAAAAUCAGAGUUUGGUUACAGAAGUCCAGGAGGCUAAGAAUGAAAGCAGGAAACUUGAUGAACUCAAUAUGUCUUCAGCUCUGUCAAUAAAAAAUCUACAAGAUGAACUGUCGAGAUUGAGGGAGAAGAUAAGUAAACUCGAAGCAGAGGUCGAACAUCGAACAAACGAAAGAAACGCCCUGCAGCAAGAAAUCUACUGUCUGAAAGAAGAGAUUAAUGAAUUGAAUAAGAAAAAUGUAGCCAUAUUGAAGCAGGUGGAAUCUACUGGCUACAAUGUAGACUGCUUUGGAACAUCUGUGAAGGAACUGCAAGAUGAACAUUCAAGGAUGAAGGGGAUCUAUGAGACAGAGAAAAGUGAGAAAACAGCUCUCUUGGAGAAGCUAAUUAUUCUAGAGAAACUGGUCGAGAAAAACGCCUUUUUAGAAAAUUCCAUUUCUGAUAUGAGCGUCGACUUGGAAGAAACGAAGGAGAGGGUAAAGAUGUUAGAAGAAUCCUAUGAAUCUUUAUUGGGAGAGAAAUCAACUCUUUCUUCUGAGAAAGUUGUUCUGACCUCUCUGCUACAAGUUACAACUAAAAAUCUGGAAGAACUCUCAGAAAAAAGUACAGUUCUAGAGAAUUCCCAUUCAGAUGCAAUGGCUGAACUUGAAGCAUUAAGGGUGAAAUCAAAGGAUCUUGAGGACUCCUGCCAAUUGCUCGAUCAACAGAAGUCUGAGCUCAUUACAGAGAGAGAAAGCUUACUAUAUCAGUUGGAUACCUCCCAUAACACUCUUGAAGAUCUGAAUAAAAGAUACUGUGAAUCAUUAGAGAAGCAUUUGGUGCUUGCCAACGAAAGAGAAUCUGCAUUUUGUGAAAUAGAAAAGCUAAAGGCUGAUUUGGAUGCUGAAAAACAAGUUCAUUCUAGUUUUACUGAAAUCAGCGAAAAACGGCUAGCUGAUAUGGAGUUGCAAAUGCGUCGAUUGCAAGAAGAAUGCGAUCACUGGAAGAAAGAUUACGAGGGAGAAACGGAAAAGGCUAUAAAUUCCCAGUUUAUGAUCUUCGUCUUACAGAAUUGCAUGCAAGAUAUGAAGGAUCAUAAUAUCUCUUUAAUUCUAGAGUCUCGAAAACUUUUCGAGGAAUCAGAGAGGUCAAACGAAGCUAUCUCUGAAUUAGAGCGCGAAAAUCUUAACGCUCAGGGGCAGAUUAAAUCCUUCAUUGAGAAAAAUAAAAUCCUGAGGACAGGGCUUCAACAGGUAUUGACAACUCUUGACAUUCAUGCAUAUCAUGGGUUUGAUAAUGAGGGUGAGCAAGAUCAAACGUUUCUGAAGAACAUAAUUAGCAAACUUGAGGAGAAACAAAGUUCCACAAAGGAAAUUUAUGAUGAAUACUAUCAGUUAGUGAUUGAGAAAUCUAUUACUGAAAAGUUACUUCUACAACUUAAAAAUGAAGCUGCAAACAUUUUGAUGGAAAGGAAUGCAUUUGAUCAGGAGCACAGAAUCCAAUCUGAGAAGAUAUUGAUUCUCCAGAGUAGGAUUCUGGAGUUGAGUGAAGAGUUGAAGUUGAAUGUAAUGGAGGGAAACCAUAAAGAACAAGCAUUCAAGACAGAAAUGGAAAAUGUAUGCAGGAAUCUGCAUAAUGUGCAGGAAGCUUACCAGAUUUUACGAGUAUCGAAUUCCGAGGCUCUUGAUGAGAAAUCAUCUUUGACAAAAGAAGUCGUCGACUUGGGAAAACAGAGGUGUCAACUGGAAGAAGAGAACAAUGAUAUGUUCAAUGAAACAAUAUUUCAAAGUCAACUUUUCCUCAUUUGUAAGGAUAUUAUCAAUGAAAUUCUUGAAGAAAUGAGAAAGCUUGCUGAGUGUAGGGAUGAACUUCAGGUUAGAAACAACGACCUCGACGAGAGAGUCAAGGAACUGGAGAGAAAGUUUGGAUAUGAAAAAACGAUGAACUUAGAACUCACAAUGUUCUUGGAGAAGUCGCGUAGCGAGGCUGAAAAUUAUUUGACCGAGAAGAACACACUUGAUCAGGAGUAUCAGAACCAAUCGGAACGGUAUUCGACACUGCAGGUUGAGAUGGAGAAACUUCUAGAAUUGAAUGAGGAAAUGAGGUUAAAAAUAGUGGAGGGCAGCCAUAAAGAAGAAGCGCUAACGACCGAAAUGUCGAAUGUAUGUAAAAAGCUGCAGAAUUUGGAAGGGGCUUAUCAGAUAUUACAAACUGAGAAUUGCAAGGCCACUGAGGAGGAGAAGUUCUUGACAAAUGAAAUCUUAGGCUUGAGGAAGGAGAAACAUGAAUUAGAGGACGCGAACAUCGAUAUGUUCGGUGAAACAAUAUUUCGCAGUCAACUUUCUUUGAUUUACAAGGAUAUUGUGUCUGAAAAUCUUCAAGAACUGAGAAAGCUUGUUGAGUGCAUGGAUAAACUUCAGUCCACAAACAAAGACCUUGAAGAGAGUUUAAAAACAAUGGAAGGGAAGUUGGAGGAAGAACAAACCAAGAACUCUGAGCUCAUUAAGUCCUUGGCGACGUCGGAACGUGUGCUUGAGGAAAUACGAACAUUGCUAAGCUUGAAGGAAGAGUUGGAGGAGAUGAAUGAAGAACAAAAGAAGCACAUGGAGUUGGAGCUUCAGAUGAGAAACAAUGAAGUAGAAUCAUGGGAGAGUCAGGCUGCAACUUUGUUUGGUGAGCUGCAGAUUUCUGCUAUUCAUCAAUCAAUUUAUGAAGACAAGAUUCAUGAGCUAACAGAAGCAUGCGAGAUUCUUCAAGAUAGAAAUUCUUCAAAAGAUUUGGAGAUCAAAUUGCUGAAGAACAAAAUUGUUAGUUCAGAAGGAGAAAAUGGCAGAAUGAAAACAGAGUUGGCUGCAUAUGCGCCGGCUAUUCAAACCUUGAAGGAUUCUAUAAGUUCUCUUGAAAAGCAUGCAAUUCCUUCAACAAAACAGCAAAAAGUCUACAAACAAGAAGUGAAGGAAUCUGAUUCCUUAACUUCCCAGCAUCCUGAAAGCUUCCAGCAGCCAGAUAGUGAUCAAGUUCACCUUGAUGGUUUGGUUGAGCUGCAAGGUUUGAAUAGAAGGAUUCAAGCAAUUGAAGUAGCAUUUGAAGAAUAUGAGGGCCAGACUACACUAGAAAAGUUUAAUGCCAGUGCCAAGCUAGAGAAAGCACUGAAGGAGAUUGAGGAGAUAAAAUCUGGCCAAGAAAGUGGCCAUCUGACCAACGACAAAUCAGCACUUCGAGGACAGGAGCGUUAUAAUCGGUCGCAUUCUAAGUCUGAAAUAUCUGAAGCAGGAAAUGAAGUUCUGACAAAAGACAUCCUACUUGAUCGGGUUUCUGACCGUUCAUCAUAUGGAAACAGCCAGAGAGAAACUGCAACACCUGGUGAUCGGAUGCUUCAGCUGUGGGAAUCAACUGAUCAAGAUGGCAGCUAUGAUUGGGCGGCUGGCAAGGCUCCUAUGGUGGCAAGCUCAUCUACGGAGUACCGUUGGGUUGGAUCGACUAGGAGACAAAGUAGCAAGCACCCUUCAAGCGAACCAUUGGUCGAGAAGGAGUUGGGUGUGGAUAAACUAGAGAUCUCCAAGAGGCUCUCUGAUCUCCCCCAUGAAGGAAACAAGAGAAGGAUUCUAGAAAGACUUGAUUCUGAUGUUCAGAAAUUGGCAAAUCUUCAGAUAACUGUACAAGAUUUGAAGAAGAAGAUGGAUACUACAGAGAAGAGCAAGAUAGAAAAAGGUCUUGAAUAUGAUACAGUGAAGGAGCAAGUAGAAGAAGCUGAAGAAGCCAUUACCAAAUUGUAUGAGAUGAACCUUAAACUCACAAAGAAUGUUCAAGAUAGUUUUCUGGUUGCUGAUGGAUCAUCCACACUGGAACCAGAGGAAAACGACAGUGUCCAAAGUAGGCAAAUUUCAGAACAAGCACGGAAGGGAUCAGAGAAGAUCGGGCGAUUGCAGUUGGAGUUAAAGAAGCUGCAGUUUCUAAUAAUGAAACUAGAUGGUGAAAGGGAGGCAAGGGGCAAAAGUAAAGUACUCGAGCGGAGUCCAAGAGUUCUUCUAAGAGACUAUCUAUAUGGCGGGACGAGAACGAAGCAGAAGCAAAAGAAGAAGACACCAUUUUGUGCUUGUAUGAAACCUCCAACAAAGGGUUGAAUGAGAGAUUGAGUUUAUCUGGGAAAUAGUUAUAUUCUAGCUUAAUGAACAGGAUAUUAAUUGGUUCAUCAUCAUCUAUCAAUUUUUCUUUGUAUAGAGAGGUUCUUAUGUUACUUCUAGGUUUGAGAUUAUGCUGCACAUGAAAGGCUGCAUCUAAUCAGAGAAAGCUGCUCUUUUUAGAGGCUCUUCAUUGUUCAUAUUAUAUUGUUUCAACUCUUCAAUAAAUGAGUUCUUAGUUGGAUC